GUCUGGAGUAUUUCAUUUGAUAAAAUCUUAGCACAGGCCAAAACCGCCUAGGGAGGAAAAGGGGGAAAACGAAUAGGUGUCGUCUCGAACUGGGAAGGGAGCUGAGAGACAUCAGAGACGGAAACCCACUACGAGGAGGAGGAGGAGGAAUAGGUAAAGAGGGCUGUUGACUACAAUUAGAGGUAUUGUUGUUACAUACCUGAUUUAGAUGGAGCAGUCUCUGUCAUCUCUUGCAUUCAAGGGGUCUAUUGGUGAAGCAAUUACUGAAGCCAAACAGCAGAAGAAACUUUUUGUAGUUUACAUCUCAGGUGAUAACAAAGAAUCUAAUCAUUUGGAAACCUCUACAUGGUUGGACUCACAAGUGGCAGGGUCUUUAUCUAAGUAUUGCAUUUUGUUGCACAUUGUGGAAGGAAGUAGUGAUGCAAUGAAUUUCUCAGCAUUGUAUCCACAGAAAGCUGCCCCAUGUAUAACUGUUAUUGGAUACAAUGGCAUACAACUAUGGCAACAUGAGGGCUUUGUCGCUGCAGACGUUCUAGCAUCCAGCUUAGAAAAGGCAUGGCUAAGUCUUCAUAUUCAGGAGACACUGUUGACUGCUGCACUUGCCUCUAAGCCUGAAUUAUCUCCUGGAACUUUGAAUUCUGCCUCACCUGAGCAGGGCAGUUCAUCGAGGGAAAAUGUUCCACCACCACCUUCAUCAGACAUAGAAGCAGAGGCUGUUGUGCCUGGACCAUAUAUGGACUCUCAGCCCAAAGUGAAGGAAGCAGAGUCUCUUGAGGCUAGACCAUCUAUGGACUCACAGACCAAAGUGAAGGAAGCAGAGUCUCUUGAGGCUAGACCAUCUAUGGACUCUCAGACCAAAGUGAAGGACAUGAAUUCCAUUCCAGUUGACACAGUAUCUCAUAGUUUAGCUUCUACUGUUCAAUCUGGAAGUGGUGAAAGUAACAACUCUGCGGUCCCUGUGAUUGCAAAAGUGGAAAAAUCAUUUGAUGCUGCAGAAGGAACUGGCAAUUUUAAAGAUGGGCACCCUAUCUUAAUAGAGGGGUCACAUUUAUCUGACCAACGCCCACCACCAAAUAAUGAAGUUUCCAAUAAUGGUGGCAGUAAAGCAACUGAAACUGAAGUGGAGGAAGUUAAUGUGUCAGAAUCUUCUUCCAGAACAUCAACAGACGUUCAUUUAAACAUCAAACUGCCUGAUGGUUCCAGUUUACAGGUGAAGCUGUCAGUGACGGACACUUUGAGAGCAGUCAAAGACCAUAUUGAUAGAAACCAAUCCAUCGGCUUUUCUUCUUAUGAUCUUGCAGUUCCUUAUCCACGCAAGGUCUUUAGUGAUCAAGAUUUGGAUAAAACAUUAUCAGAGUUGAAUCUCUUCAAUCGACAAGCACUGAUUGUGGUUCUUCAUCACAAAGGAAGUUCUUCAUUGCGUGACCAGAAUAUUUUGGCCAACAAUACUGGUGCCACAAGUGGUAAUAGCGAAGGAUAUUUUUCUCUUGUUAGACGACUCGUCUCUUAUGUGAAUCCUUUUUCCUAUCUUGGUGGGGGUGCUAGCUCAUCUGAUGCUGUAGAGGAUUCUCAAAGCGGCACAUUGCAAUAUGGUUCAAAUCCUUCACUCCGGAAUAAUGUUGCUGGAAAUGGUAGACCCUAUGGUGUGAAUUCAUCCAACGAUUAUUCUCCUGGUACCAGUAGCAGCAAUGUUAAGAACAGAAAGCAGCCUUCAUCUCGCUUUGGGAGCAAUAUCCAUACGCUGAAACACGAUGAUGAUAGUCAGUUUAGAGAUGGGAAUGCAUUCUGGAAUGGAAAUUCUACACAGUUUGGUGGUGGUGGUAACAAUGACAGUAAAUGAUGGUAUCCAUGCAUUUUCUCAUAUGUACAUGUGGGUUUUGGCCCCCGAGUAUCUGCUAUACAGGCCCCCUCUUUGGUUCUUUUCUUCUAAUAAUAAUAAAGUAAUUAUUGUUAAAUAAAGAUGAUAUUUGUGCUGAUAGUGCCAGCUUCUUCUGUUCUAAUACUCAUUUUGGAAUCAUAUAACAAUGUAAUUAUAUGUAGAAUUUUUUUUCAAUAAUGGAAUCAUACAACACUUGAAAUUCA